AUGGAUUCACCACCUACACCAUUACAUCCGGCAGCUAAUGAAGAAGUGAACGUUAUACCAGAAGGUGAAUUACCAUCUGGCACUAUAGCGAACUUGGAUCUCAACCCAGACUUAUAUGACGAGGAAACUGAUCAAAAUGACGUCGAUGAUGAUGACAACGCCAAAAAAGAUGACGUGAUAGUGAAAAGUGACAAUGAUGAUUAUGAUGAUGGGCAAUCAUACGAGCUUCAAAUGUUGACAAGCUCGUUUGAUAAACAAUAUGAACUAUUGCAAGCAGAAUUCGAAAAAACUACAAACCAUAACAAAAUAGCAACGUACCAGCAAAGCAAGUUAAUCAACUACGUGGACGAGCAAUUAUUGGCAAUUCAACGAAAGUUCAUCAAAAACCAAGCUGACACUACAGAACUGUACUCUUUUUUCCAGUUAAUCAAUGAAUUAUCGAAGGUUUUUGAUCUCGUAUGGUACUCGAUUAAUAACAGGUCAGGCUUGUUCGGCCAGCAAGAUUAUUUAAUCAAAUUAAUGGAUGAUAUGGAAGACUAUGUUGCGCAUUACAGGUUAUUUGAAGAUACAGAUGACUUUGGUACGUUGGAGCUUCAAUUGCUUGAUUACUUUACAUUCUUCCAAGUGUUGGAUUUGCACAUAAGUUUUUUAAUUGAUGGAUUUUCGAUGGAAGCAUCCAAUACAGUAGAGAAACUCAACAAUACUCAGAUAGUACGUCUAUCGCCAAUUGCAUCAAGAUUAAGGAUCUUAAUUAUAUCCAAGUUGGAUCCGUUACGAAUGAAAUUAUCUCGUGAGGAGCUUGCUUCUGAUUCACAAGGCAAAAUUGAAAGUGAAAAGCGCAAAAACCACAGAAGACGCUUACAAAAUGUCAUAGAAGGAGAACUUGGAAAGGUUUUCGAAGGUAUCUUGGAUAGGACAUGA